AUGACGACAUCUAAAAAUGGUCGAGCUUCAUUUUCAGCAUCAACUGGUGCUCUUCUUGUCGUUCCUUAUUCACAUACAAAUGGUGAAACUCGAAAUUUUGAUUUAACUACAUCAUCUCAGGAUACUUCAGUGUAUACGGCUGCUGACCCAUCUUAUAUAUCAAGUCAAUUAAAAAGUUCUGAAUGGCUUCAACGUUAUGGUUUGAAAGCACAGAAAUUAACAUUUGAUCAAAUUCUUCAACAAAUUGGGUUUAAACGUGUUGAAAGUUUCAAUGCAACACUUGGUAAAACAGUCGGAGCUAAAUAUGCUGGUAAUAUUUAUCAUGAAAUACAACAGGAUAAUGGUGAUCGAUAUGUUUUAACAUGUCGACCGGAAAAAUUAGGUGAAUAUCGAUCUCGUUUAAUACGAAUGUUAAAUUUAUUACGAAAACGUUUAACAUUUAUAACAAGUGGAUCACGUCGUGUAUUUGGAAUAAUUGGAGAACCAAGCGUAUGUUUUGUAUGUGAUUGUAAAACAACGGAUCAUCGAAUAUUUAAUCAAGUUCAAUUGGCUUUAAUAAGUUUACUUAAAGAACAAAUUACAAAAAUCAAACGAUUUAAUAUUAUUUGGGUUUCAAAUGAAAACGAACAAUUUCAACAACAACCGAUUGAUGUUACAACAACAACUGUUGAUGAAGCUAUUGAUUGGAUAUCUAAUCGAAAAUGUACUCGAAAUAAAAUAUCAAUAAGUGCAACAUGUGAAGCUAUUCUUAAAGCAUUUACUAACGCUGUUCAUAGCAUUUAUUUAAUAAGUGAAGGUAAUUCAUCUGACUUAGCACGUGAAAUAUUACGAGAUAAUAUUGUUAAAACACGUCUUUCAUCAAAUAUACCGAUACCUAUACAUGUUGUUUCAUUAUUUUGUCAUAAUAAUGACACAGAAACAUUUCUUCAAUCUAUAGCUCAAACUGCCAAUGGCAGUUAUAUGUCAUAUAAAAUUAAUAAUGAAAUAAUUGAUUUAAAAGCUCCAUCAAAUUUAAAUGACCCAACACAAAUUAAAUUACAAGAUAAUAAAUUACAAUUUGGUACAAAUGCAUUAAUACCUAAAACAGAACAUCCAACUGAUACAUCAUUGAUGUAUAAAGAAAUACUCCAAUGUCAAAAUAUAAUUGAUCGUUUAGACAAAAUUCUUGGAUUUGUACGAGAUGAGAAUGUGAAUCCAAUACAAAAAAUUGACACAACAAAAUCAUUAGAUUCAUUUAAUACGUCUGAUAAUGUAAAGAAAAAUGAUAAUAAUUUACAACGAAGUCUUGUUAUACAAUCAUCCGCAUUAUUUAAUAAUGAUGAAAAAGAUAUGGCAUCGAUAGAUUGGUUAAAAAUCUAUGGAGUAGAUGCACAAAAAUUAGAUUUCUUUUCUAUUCUUCAAUCAGCUGCUUUACGACAUUGCGAUGGAGUUGUUACUUUAUUGAAAUCACCAGACAAUAUUAAUAGAAAGAAUGAUUAUACUCCAGCUGUGAAUAAAAUAAUCAAUGCAAAGUAUUGUGAUCAAUUUGCUCAUAUUACUUGGCCAGAUGGAACAAUUCGACAUGUUUAUGUUACAUCGGAAUUUUAUCGAGAUUAUGAAAGACGAAUGAGAGCUUUACUUGAAAAAAUUAAAGCACGAUUACAAUGGUUAAAAAAAGGAAGUCGUGAUGUUUUCGGUACAAUAAUAGAAAAUAAUAUUUAUGUACUAAUUGAUACAUCAAAAAGUAUGCAAAAUCAUUUGACUUUUCUCAAAGAAAAACUACGUUUAUUAGUCCAAGAUCAACUAUUUGGUAAAGAACGCAUUAAUAUGGUAUCAUUUAAUACAACAAUUUAUCCUUGGCGUGAUCGUUUAACAAAAGUCAAUGAUUCAAUAACACGUUCCCAACUUCAACCAUGGAUUGAUGGACUUCAUGCUGAAGGAUCAACAAAUACAUUAGCUGCAAUUCGUUAUGCACUUGCUGAUCCUGGAACUGAAGCUAUUUAUUUAUUAACUGAUGGACGACCUGAUCAAAAUGAACGACAUAUUCUUUCACAAGUUGAAUAUCGUCAAAAACUUCCCAUUCAUACAAUAGCUUUUAAUUGUCAAGAUCAAACAGCAAAUCAAUUUUUAUUUGAUUUAGCUAAAAAAACAGGUGGACGUUUUCAUGCAUUUAAUUAUGGUUUGGAAAGUGAAUCAUCUAUUGAAAUUCCUGAAAGUGAAGAUAUUAGUUAUCUUAAACAAGAAUUAGCUCACGGUGAAAAAGAUUUACAACGUGUAGCUGAUUUACAUGAUGAGUGUAUGGGUCGUGCAUGGUCGCGUGAUAAUGCGCAAACAACUUACCAAAGCUUACAAGUGAAUGAAUUUUCAGAUUCAUUACCAUUUCGAAAUUAUCAAACACUUGAUAUGACACUUCAAUCGCGUAGUUCUUUAAUGUCACAAAGAAUAGAUCGAAAAAAACGUUCAUCAAUCAGUUCACAUCGUACACAAAAAACUAAAUCAGCAACACGAUUAUUUGGACAAACAAAUACAAGCAAUUUAAAUUAUAGUCAAUGGCUCUUACCAGAAACAGAAGAAUAUUUAAGAAAUAGUGAUAACAAACGACGAAAUACAUCAUUUGUAGAAUAUGAAGAACAGCAACAAGGUGUCUUAACAGACUCAACAGAAAAACUUCCAACACCAUUUAAUGAAGUAAAAUCAUAUUUAAAAAAGAACAGUUUAGUUUCAAAACAUUUAACUAUAUUUGAUGUACUUCAUCCAAUGUCAGUAACAGUAAAAGAGCCACAUCAUGUUCAAGUUAUUGAUCGUUAUGUACUCGCUAAAGUUUGGGAUGAUAUUUUACCAUUAACAUAUGCAUCAUAUGUUAAUAAAUUCCGAUUAGUUAAUCAUUAUGCUGUUAAUUUAGAACAAUACGAAAGCAAACUUAGACAUUUAAUUACUGAUUAUUAUCAAUUUACAUCAAAAUUCAUUUGGAAAUAUUUAGAUGAUGAAGAUAAACAAAAACUUGGUCCACAUAUUUAUUGGAUUAGUCUAUCAAAAGAAGAUCAAUAUAAAAAUGCUCAAGAAAUAACUAAAGAAGAACAUAAAAACGAAGGCGCAUUGGAACUAUUUGCAUGGCGAAAAUUGAGCAACAAAGAACAAAAUAAUCUAUUACAAAAGCCUGCUGUUUAUAAUGAAAAAACUCAAAGCCUACUAAAAAAUGCUUUACAAGAAGCUGCAGCUGAAUCAACUUUACAAGGAGUCAUGCGUAUGGAUGUUGAAAUAAAACGUGCUAUAAAAUUUUUACAAAUUUCAACUGAUUUACGUCAAUAUCAAAAACGAGCUAAUACUGAAUCAAAACCAAAAUCAGAAAAAAAACAAAUCGUCAAACGAAAAUCAACAAUAAAUCGAAGUAUUGGUCAACGAGUUCUUUGUCGUUAUGAUGGCGAUGGUUAUUUUUAUAUGGGCACAAUACAAAAAAAUCAAGAUGAUCGAACAGUUGUUUUAUUUGAUAUGGAUAUCGAACAAGAAGCAAGUGGACAUACUCUUUUACCCGUAAACAUUUCAAAUAGUCAACUUAGUUUAUUUCAACAUGAUUAUGUACUUGUUCGUCAAAGCAAAGAAACAGAAGAAUAUUGGGCACCAGGUUUAGUUUUGUGCCUUCCAUCACCAUAUGGUUUGCCAUCUAAUUUAUACAUGAUACAAAUAUAUGAUCCAACUCCAAAACAAAUUUAUGUACAUCGAAAAGAUAUGAUUCGAAUUACUUUAGCACUUUUUCAAAGAAGUGUUCUUUAUCUUCAAAGCAUUGAUCAGAAACAUGUAAUGAAUCCAAGUUUAAUCCUUAUAGAACCAGAAGCACCACCACCGCCAUCUGUGUCCAAAACCGAACUUGAAAAUGUUCUUCAUGAAUUCAUCGAUCCAUUAAAAGAAAGACUUGAACAUAUUAAGAAAUCGCAUUAUCAACGUUAUAAAAAACUUCAAGAAACGCUAGAAGAACAAAUGAAUGCGAUCGUAAUUUUACGAGAACAACAGAUUAAAACACAAGUUAAAACUGAAUAUGCUCAAACAGUCCAAGUACCAUCAACAGAUCGAUCUGGUUCUUCAACAUCCUCAUCAACACCAGUGCCAGAUAUUCCACCUAUUGUACCCGGCACACGUGUAUAUGCUGUAUGGCAUAAUGAUGAUGGACUUGUUUAUAAGGGUACUGUAAUAGAGCAAAAUGGCUUAGAUAAUUAUAUGAUUGAACGUAUCGAUUUACCUCGUGUUCAAAGUAGUAUACCACGUAGUGAUAUAUUUCUUGAUUCAGAUCUUCGUCUUUUAAAAGAUAUGAAAGCUCAUUCAUUUGCUCUUAUUAAAUAUCCAAAUGAUUCUCGUCAAUGUUAUUGUCCAUCAGUAAUUCUUCGUCAUCUUGAUCAUGAAUCAACAAAAGUUCGUUUUUAUGAUUGUUAUGAAAAAGCUCUAGACAAUAGUCAAUAUGUUAUACCAAUAAACGAGCAUCAAUUCGAACAUUAUACUACAUUACGUAUUAACAAAGAAAACUCUCUAAUUAAUCGAGUUAUUGUUGGUUUAAAUAAUAAAGAAAAAAAAUUUAUGUUAGGUACAAUUAAAAAACGUGUUGGAAAUGGUCAUCAAUAUUCAAUAGAAUGGUGUGAUGAAAAUGAAUCUGAGCAAAGCGAUGAACAUUUGUUUGGUGCAUUUACCCAAGGUGAUAAACACAGAAUUGAUGAUUAUGUUGUAGCUAUUGAUGAUAAUGAUGCUAUUUAUAAAUUAGCCAAAGUUCAAUCUAUAUCAAAUGAUGGAAAACAUUUAAAAGUUCAAUUUAUUAAUUUAAAUACUAAUGACGAUAAUUUAUCAACAAAAGAAGCUAAUGUUCCAGCACUCACUACAUUUGUAAUUACAAAUGUAUAUUUUAAGAAAAUUAUCGAUUUUCUUAAAAAAUGA